AUGAUUAUGGGUACGCUAUGCUUUUAUCACUUCAGACACCAUAUAUCUGGAAAGAAAACAAACAGUAUCCUCGAUGCUUUUUAUUUCACUGCCGCUUUAGCAACUUCUAUCGGGUAUGGAGACCUUACUCCUGAUACCAAUCUUGUAAUGCUACUUGUCUCCCUCUUUGGCCUCUUGGGUAUGAUUCUUUUCGGGCUCAUGGUGAAUAUGGUUAUUGAGAUUGUAUUCAAGCCAGAUGAAUAUGAUGCAAACCAACAAACACGAGAUGAAUCCGACUUAGUUGAUGACACUUGCAUGACAUCAUUGAUAUUGUUUGCGUUUCAUAUGGGCGGUGGGACGUUUUUAUUGCAUUUUCUUGAACGUAUGGACUAUAUUAAGGCGUUCUUUUGUGUCACAUCAACAAUUACAUGUAUAGAUAGCGAUGGUUGCUUCAUAACGAAAAGCGGACGCGUAUUUUCGCUAUUUUGGAUGGUAAGUGGUACCAUUUUUAUAGGUCAUUUGCUCUUUUCUUUCAUGGAGCUAACCACUCUAGAAAGACGAAUGUCGUUGGCGAAACUGUUUCUUGAAAGAAGGAUGACUCGUGCAGAGUUCAACGCAGCUGAUAUAAUGCAAGCCGAAUAUAUCCUUUUAAAGCUAAAAGAGAUGGGAAGAUUAAGCCAAAAAGACAUCGAACCUAUCAUCGAAGAGUUACAAAACUUGUCGCUAUGA